GUCCAUCGACAGACGCUUGUUUAUCUCAUCUUCAGGCAGGAAGGAGGCGGCAGGGUUAGGGGCAGUGGGUGGGAGGGAAGGCUUCACAAACACCCAGUGGAGGCCUCAAACGCCAAAGAAGGAGCCACAGGGUAUUAAGGAGGGAGGAUUUACAUUCAUGAAGCUCAAAAGAAAUCACAUCAGGAUCUGACAGUGGCCCAAUUUUCUCCUAAGCUGAAUAUGAUUGGAUUUUGAACAUGGAAGGAAAAAGCACCAUUCACAUUGGAGAGAAACCGUACACGUGUUCUGUGUGUGGACGAGGCUUCAAUCAAUCAUCUGACUUGUUGAGACACAAGCGCAGUCACACUGGGGAGAAACUGUGGAAAUGUGGGGAGUGUGGGAAGGGAUUCAGUUACCCAUCCCAGCUAGACAUUCAUCGACGCAUUCACACCGGGGAGAAGCCGUUCAACUGCUCUGAGUGCAGGAAGGGAUUCACUCAGUUAUCCAGCCUGCUGAAACACAAGCAAGUUCACACUGGGGAGAGACCAUUCAGCUGCUCCAAGUGUGAGAAGACAUUUGCUCGAUCAUCCAUCCUGCUAAAACAUCAGCGAGUACACAGUGGGAAGAAGCCAUUCACCUGCUCUGAGUGUGGGAAGGGAUUCACUCAGUCAUCCAACCUACUGUCACACCAACGAAUCCACACUGGGGCGAGACCAUUCACCUGCUCCAAGUGUGGGAAGGGAUUCAGUCAGAUAUCUGAUCAGCUGAAACACCAGCGCGUUCACACUGGGGAGAGACCAUUCACCUGCUCCGAGUGCGGGAAGGGAUUCACUCAGUCAUCCCACCUGCUGAGGCACCAUCGAGUUCACACUGGGGAGAGACCUUUUAAAUGCCCAGACUGUGGGAAAUGCUAUAAAUGUUCUGGUGACCUGGCAUAUCAUCAACGUAUUCACACUGAUGAGAGACCAUUCAGGUGCUCUGACUGUGGGAGCGGCUUCAGGAGAUCAUCUCAACUCACUAUACACCAACGAAUUCACUCUGGGUAGAGACCAUUCACCUGUUCCGAGUGUGGAAAGGGAUUCACUCAGUCGUCCUAUCUGCUGAGACACCUGCAAAUUCACAAGUAACUACAGUGAUUGGAUUUUUCUGUUAAUUUCACCCAGGACUGACCCUUGUUCAUUGGUGUCUGUUUCUGCUGACGUUAAUAAACUCUAUUCGCAUUA